UUUCAGUGGGCAAGUCUAUGCAAUGCAUUUCCAAAAGAAGCAAAAUGGUUUGCCUCUGGGGUGGUGCCAACAACAGAUGAGUACCUAAAGAAUGGACUUGUUAGUUCUGGAGUUCAUGUUGUGUUAGUUCACAUGUUCUAUAUCUUAGGUCUUGGUGUAAGCUCUAUUCAUUUAGAAGAUAUAUCAGCCAUGUCCUCUUCCACGGCUAUGAUUCUUCGCCUUUGGGAUGAUCUUGGAAGUGCAAAGGAUGAAAAUCAAGAAGGAAAUGAUGGUUCAUACGUAGAAUGUUACAUGAAGGUAAACAAAGAUGCUUCCAUUUUAUCAGCAAGAGAGCAUGUGAUUAAGCUAAUAGAAGAUGAAUGGAAGCAACUCAAUAGAGUAUAUCUCUGUCUGAUGAGUUCAUCUUCGAGAUCAUUUUCAAAAGCUUCUCUUAAUUCUGCAAGGAUGGUUCCUCUUGUGUACAAUUAGGAUGAUAAGCAAUCCUUCCUUGUCCUCCAAGAAUAUAUUAAGUCUAUGUUGUAUAGUGAUUUAUCAAUGUGAUUAAAGUAGAGAGCUUUUUUAGAAAAAAAUUUAGAAACCGCUAUAAAUUGAGAUAGAAGGAGUAAUACAUUUUAAAUAUAAGAUACAGAAUUGUUAAAGUGCUGAUAAGUGUAUCUUCAAGGUGGAAUUUGAAACCUCAAGAAGGUAA